UUUUCUCCCUAUUUGUUAUCAAGCAUUUUACAUUAAAUCAUUUUACAUGGGUAAAAGCUCCAUUAUCAAAAAGUGCUUGCUGAAUAUUGAUUUAAAAAAUUAGUGAAUGCCAUUAAAAACCCUAAAAAAUGACAGAAGCGGAGGAACGACCCAAUCAGCCAGAAGCAGGGGAAGAAUACAAUCCAUACAAACACAGAAAAGGCGACGCUUGCGUCUCAGAUUUCGGUUCGUGGGCCAACAUGGUAAAAAGUGCAGCAGGAACAGGAAUAUUUACUUUACCAAAUGCAUUCGCAGCAGUUGGAAUGUACGCGGGAAUUGGUUGGACAAUUUUUUUGGGACUCACUUUGACAAUUGCGCUUCAUAUGCUUGUCAGGGCUCAUUACAAAAUGUGUGUUAUUGACAAAAAACCGAAUUUAACUUACGAGGAACUUUGUUUGAGUGUUCUUGCGACUGGUCCUUUGAAGGGAACUUUAUGUGCUCGAUUAUUACUGUAUCUCGUCAACUUCACGCUUUUCGUAUCCUAUAUAGGAAUUUCAUCAGUCUAUGUGAUUUUUAUUGCCGGUAUAAUUCAAGAACUGGCUGAUCCCGAAAAAAAUAUCAGCCAGGGUGUUUAUACACUGAUGACGUUUCCCUUUUUACUCCUCGUGAAUUCGAUAAGAAAUCUAAGAGAUAUAACACCUCUGUCCAUUGUGGGAAAUAUUUUCGUCAUUAUAUCAGCUUUAAUUGGUGUCGCGUAUGCCCUGAAAGAUGGUCCCGGAGAAACUUGGGUCGCAAUUCAACCGAAUGUGAAAAAAUACCCGAAAGUUAUUGGCACAAUAUUUUUUAGUCUCUGCUCUCCAGGAUUGAUACUGGAAAUUGAACGUAACAUGAAAACUCCUUGGAAUUUUGAAAAACCUUGUGGUGUUCUAGACUCUGGCAUGUCUUUUGUGAUGUUUUUUUACAUCUGUGUUAGUGGGAUUGUCUACUCAAAAUGGGGCGACAAUUCACUCGGGAAUUUUAUACGAAAUCAUCCAGAUCGAGAUGCAGCGACCGUUAUUGCAUUAGUAUUUCAAAUUCUGUCUAUAUAUUUCACGUAUGGACUCAUGUGCUACUUACCUGUAUUAAUUAUACACGAAAAAUAUGCGAUCGCUUCGAUUGAACGUUCGACUACAAAAAAGAGAACUGAGAUUCUUUGGUUUGUCCUGCUCCGGCUAGGUGUCACAGUAAUCACGUGCGCAUUAGGUGCAGCAGUACCGAGACUGGACAUUUUUACUGGACUCGUUGGAGCAAUUUGCUUGGGAAUUUUGGGAGCGAUUAUACCGUUCAUUCUUUACAUUGUUAUUCAUCAUGGUGAUUAUGGAUAUUACAAAUGGAGAUUGAUUGCAUCAAGCUUUUUGUUGUUUACUGGAGUAGUUUGUACGCUUUGUGCCACUGUUACUUAUACGAUCGAGCUCUACAAUUUCCUUGCCACCGGUGAAUAGCACCGACGACAAAACGAAGACCCUCAUCACUUCCUAAAAAAAAGGAUACCAUCUCAACAAUUCCACAUCUCUU